AUGACAAUCAAAUUACCGCCCAAAACGAAUUGGCACUUCCCCUCCUCCCUCCUCCACGACCUCAACCCCAUCCCAGCCUUCAUCCUCUCGCCCUCAACCAAAGCCGAAAUCCUAGCUUGCGCGUUCGAAUACGCUCGAAGCGUCAUACCUUCUUAUACGAAUUGGCGACGAUACUUGGCUUUCAUGCGAAUUAUCAUUAUUGGGACGAUUGCGGAGUUCAAAGGGGAGAUGUUUGAUUUAUCAUCCUACGAGAAAGACAAUGGGGGAAGAAUUCUAUAUGGGUCGUAUGAUCUGGAUGAAGUUUUGACAGAGUUGUUCGGAGAGGGAGAAAGAGCAGAGGAAAUGGCAAGGGAGUAUAAGACUUUCUUGGUUGUUACCAGCGAUAAAACCCGCUCCCCCACAACCACAAGGAACGCCAACUACAAUGACCGAAGAACCCGCUUCUUCACCACUUACCGCUCCGCUCUUCCAGUCUCCCCAUCCAACUGGUUUCGUCUCCGAGACUGCGAUGCAUUAUGUCGUUUCACCGUCGCAGCCGCACUACGUUGCAAUGAUUUCGAAAUCGACGGAGAGAUGGCUUUUUGGUUCAGCGAAGAACAAUGGAGAAUUUUGGCGGAGAUCGGAGUUCUAAUGUAUGAUUCUGUGGCAUUCUAUAAACAUCGGGCGGAAGGAGAGACGAACAAUACGUUUGCGUAUUUGGACGCAGAGUUGAGGGGGGAGGUGUUUCGGGUUGCGAGGGAGGGGUUGUGGGGUGUUGAUCAGACAUUCACAACCCCGGUGGCUCCAAUGGGGACGGAGGAUGGUCUGGAAAGGAUGCAAGGGGAGAAGGAGAAAGUGAGGGCUUGGAUGGUGGUUUGCAAUAUGUUGAGAUUCUUCGGUGGACCGAUUCAUGUUACGAUGAGGAGGUAUAGGUUUGUGGAGGAGGGGUUGAGGAUUGGGAGGGAGGAGGAUGAGGCUGUGAGGUGGUUGGCGAGGAAGAAUGAGAAGUUGUGGUGGAGGAGGAAAGAAGAGGGGACAGCUGGAGGUAGGACAGGUUAUGAAGAAGUCGAUGCUGAGAUGGAGGAGGGGAGAGAGAGGUUUCAGAAGUACGUGGAGAAGAAGAAUGAGUUGUUCUUCGAUGGGUUCGCGGAGAUGAUGGAAGAGGGAAGGAAUAGAGACGACGAUGUGGCGGGGUGUUGUGUUGGAGAGGGUGGCGAGACUGCCAGGCAUGUUUUUGGAGCUCGCAUUCUAAGCGAGGCAGAGAGAGAGGUGUGGAGGCAGUAUGCUCUUGGCUUCAACGAUCGGUUGAAACGGGCAUUCCCUGAGGUCGACUUGGACCCAGCACUUCCAUUGUGA